UAUAAAUGGCGCUGCAAGUUCUAAUAAGCUUGAAUGAGAUCUAUACAAUACACCGGGAAUAGGUUACAUUAGAAUAUUUGAAAAAAUAUAUUUAAGAUGUACUAUAGAAGACGUAAAUUUCAUCUUAUUUUUGGAAUUUCUGCAAGCAUUACGGCAUACUGUGUUAAUCUUAUGCCACAUACAAUAUUUCUUGAUAAAUUGGAGAACACUGUUGCUUUUUAUCGUCGUGGCGUUAGAUUACGUAUAAAUAAUAAAGUAAAGGAAUUAUGCAAAGAGGUAAUGGAUGACUUAAAAAUUCCCGAAAAUACUCAGUCUCUCAUAAAACCAUUUUACGUUUUUGGUUUUCAUCCUUUUCAUGCUGGAACAUUAAAUAAAACUUUUGGAGGAAUUAUUGGUAUUCCUUCAAAUUUUUUAUUUCGUGAUAUUGCUGAUGCAACAGUUGAAAAAUUAGUUAUAAAUAAUAAAGAACUUGAUCAGAUGAAAGUAGAAACAAAUGAUUUAUUUGAUAGUUUAGUACUUUCAAAAAAUGCACAGAAAUAUGUAAUAGCGCGUGAAAUUUUAAAAAUUCUAAGUAAUGAGGUAUAUUCAUUUGCAGGUAGUUUAUCUUGUAUUGUUAUAAUCAUGACAUCAAUUUAUAGUAACAUAGCGCAUAAAUUUAAUUUAUAUGAGAAAAAAGCAUCAUACCGUCGUAUAUUAUAUUUAUUUUUUACGUUAGUUGGGUACGCUUUCUGGGUUGCAUUUAAAGAUGCUGUACGUUGUCAUAUUGAUGCCAGUAUCGAUGAAAAUAUAUCAAAAUUAGGUUUAAAUUAUAUAGACGGAGGAAGGGAAUAUUAUGAGAAAGAACUGAAAAAGAAUAUUGCAUUGAGAUCGCUUAUGGAAAAGGAUGGAGAAAAGUCUUAUCAUGUUAAUGGAAAUGAAAAACGCUGGGGAUUUAUGUCACUCCCUCUUUCUGAGAGAAAAAGUUUUUUUGAAUCAAAACACUUAAAACUAUAAAAUAUUCAAUAUGACAGACAAUUUCUUACUUUAAGACCUUAUGUACAUAUUAUGUAAAUAUUUUUCAAUAAAAUAUUAAAUGAAUUUUUAUGCUCUACUUAAGAAAUGUUUAAUUAAUUAAAAUUGUUAAUUUUUUUAUAAUUAUAUUAAAUAAAAUAAUACAAUGUUUAUAUACAAUUAUUAUCAUUAUUUCAUUUCUUAACUUAUAAUUAAAUUGUUAUGUAUUUUAGUUCUAUAUUAUUAUAUAAUAAUUCUGUUACAGAAACAAUUCUCUAUGUUAACAAGAUGAAAAUUUUUUUAUAAAAGCUACUAUAAAUUUACAUUCAAAUUUAACUUAAUAAACGGAAUAGAUAAAUUAUUUCUUUGUGAAAUAUUUCCUUUAUAUAUAAUAUACUUAUAAUUAGUAAUAUUAUUACUAUUAAACAUUAAUGCUAAAGUAUAUAUUGACUGCAGUUACGAAAAGAAAUAAUUUAUACAAACAGAGCAAUGUUUAUAUGUAAGUAACAAAAGAUUAUUUUUUAGAUGCUUCAUUAACAUAGUUCUUGAUCUCAUGAUAUUACCUACUUAUCAUAUUAUGUAGUCAUCUUACAUUAUUGUAUUCUAUGUAAGUCCAAGUGAUCCAAGCUGAAAAAUGGUUAUGUAUAAUUAUUAUACUAUUAUAUUAUUAUACAUAAAAAUUUGUAAUCCAUA